UCAAGAGACCUAAACAGAACAAAGAUGCUUCAUAGUUUAAGAUUUCUUGUGUGUCUUCUCGUCAUCAUUCACACGGUCUGCGCCAGAGAGUUUGUGGUAGGAGGAUCAAAGGGUUGGACUGUUCCCACAGAUCAUCAACUAUACAAUCAAUGGGCAGAGCAAAGAAGAUUCCAAAUCAACGACUCUCUGCUUUUUGUCUACCGACCAAACCAAGACUCAGUGCUUCAAGUGACAAGAGACGCUUACGAUAGCUGCAACACAGACGCAGCCACGGCUAAAUUCACAGACGGACACACUUCCUUCACGUUUGACCGGUCUGGACCAUACUAUUUCAUCAGUGGAAACAAAGAAAAUUGUCACAAGAACCAGAAGCUUGUCAUCAUUGUCAUGGCUGAUAGAAGCAGCAGCAACACCACACCUCCUUCGCCUUCGCCUUCGCCUUCAGUAGAAUCUUCACCAUCUCCUACUUACACAGGAACCUUCGAAAUAACACCGGCACCUUCACAAGACACUCCUGCAAUCGCAGCUUACUCUUCUUCUUCCUCUGUUUUUCCUUUUUCAUUCAUUGUUACUCUGUUUCUUUCUCUUUUCAGCUAA